AUGUCUACCACUCCAAACCCAAAAGCCUUCCCAUUAGCUGAUGGUACUUUAACCCAACAAAUCUUGGAUGUUGUUCAACAAGCUGCCAAUCUAAGACAAUUGAAAAAAGGUGCUAAUGAAGCUACCAAGACUUUGAAUCGUGGUAUCUCUGAAUUCAUCAUCAUGGCUGCUGAUUGUGAACCAAUCGAAAUCUUAUUGCAUUUACCAUUAUUAUGUGAAGAUAAAAAUGUUGCUUACGUCUUCGUUCCAUCCAGAGUUGCUUUAGGUAGAGCUUGCGGUGUUUCUAGACCUGUUAUUGCUGCUUCUAUCACCACUAACGAUGCUUCCGCUAUCAAAAACCAAAUCUACGCCGUUAAGGACAAGAUUGAAACUUUAUUGAUUUAA